AUGGCGAAUAUGGCCAUGGAGCUGCCCCUGGAGGAUCCGCCCCUACCGAACGAAGUCAACGAUUCUCCUCGCAGAGCUCGCGUAGCCGCGCCGAUAACAGAACCGCUAUCUCCGGUGCCGGUGGAGACGCCGAGUAGCUUCGUGGAAACCUUGCGGGAGCUCCGCAGUCUCGAGGAGAGGCUGCUGCGGGCGCACGAGAUGGAGGUCGGUGCCGGUGGCAGUCCCACACGGCGGAGCGGCAAGCGACACUCGACCAGUGGACCUUCGCUGACUUUGCCAAUCGGGGGCAAGGAUUUGGAGGCGACGACGGGUGAUCUCGAACCUCCGGCUCGGGAUCCGACGUCUCCAGCAGGGCGCAUGAAACGGCGACCUUCGGCUGAGGAUCUUCCGCCGAUAAGCAAGAUGGCCUCAGCAGGAUCUUGCAGAUCGCCACGCAGCUCAACCACUUUUCGAAGAUUGGUGAGUGUUGGCGCCGAUGCUGAGUGCUCCAUGAACGUCACUGCAAGGCUGGCGCAGGAGGUGAAACUCGUCUCUUCGCAGCUGGAGGCGCAGCUUCGAUCUGACGAGUGCGAAUCUUGGGGUCCCCAUUACAAGUUGCGGAGCCAGUGGGUGAAAGACGAGGACGACCUGCUGAUCCUGAAGAGGCAAGCCAUGGCGGCCAAAGCUCAGCAGGGAUCAGGAGCUUUCGACAUCAAUUCAGACGAUGAGCCUCCUCCUAGACAGCUUGCAGACUCAGGAGAUGUCAUCGAGUUGGAAAGACAUCCCUUCAUCCUGCGGCCGGCAUCGAAACUGCGAGUAGGUUGGGACAUCAUGGCAGUUCUCAUGCUGAUGUACGACAUGAUCUCUCUCCCUCUGGCGGUGUUCUACUACGACGAGCAUUCCGCAUAUGUGCUGUAUGCACUGCAACUCGUCGUGACAGUGUACUGGUUGUGCGACAUCCCGGCAACCUUCAUGACAGCAGUGUACGUCAACAGCCGACUUCUCACUCGUCCUCAAGACAUCGCUCGUAGGUAUUUGAGCUCUUGGCUGCUUAUCGACAUCCUCAUUCUCAUCCCUGACAUCGCCGUGCUUACUGCGACUGCGGGUCCUGAUGUGGGCUCCUCCACCGCAGUGGCUUCGGGGAGCGACACGGUGUCGAAGAACAGCCUCGGCAUGGCUCGGGCUAUGCGCGGCAGUCGCGUGCUGCGCUUGCUGCGCUUCUUGCGGCUCCUGCGCGUGGUGAAACUUCUCAAGGUGAUCGGCAACUUAAAGGCUCGCGUAAACAAUGCCUUCGUGCUUCUGGCGGUUAGCAUCGCGCGCUUCGUCUUCCUCACCAUGUACAUGCUUCAUGUGCUCGCAUGCGGGUGGUUCCUCAUCGGCAUGGAAGACGGGGCGUGGGCGAGCGUUGCUGGCUUGCACUUGAUGGACGCUUCGGUUCAAUACAUGCGAUCCCUGGAGUGGGCGAUCGCGCGAGUGCAUCCUUCGAUGCUGCGGGAGAACAUGGAGCUCGCGACGUACGCAGAGAAGGCCCUAGCGGCCUUCGCGUGUUUGGGUUCCUUGUGCUUCGGGACCAUCUUCAUCAGUAGCAUCACGAACACCAUGGCCGAAGUGCAGCGUCAGCAUCAGCGGCACAAGGCCAUGUUGAACUCGGUUCGCGAAUAUUGCGGCUCCCAUUACAUCUCGGCGACGCAUGCGAUGAAAAUCAAGAGGUACGUGGAGCGAGAACACCUGCGAAAGAAAACGCUCCAGUCACACUUGGAGUUGAUCAACACUCUGCCACAGGACAUGCUCUCAGAUCUAUUCCACGAAGCUCGCAGCCAGACGCUGCAGCAUCAUGAACUCUUUGAUAGCCUAGGCCGGAAAACCCCUGCGAUGGAGUUGGAGCUUUGUAGCAAGGCCAUGUCUGAGCAGUACAUGCUUCUUUCGGACAAGAUCUUCAAGCAGGGAGAGGCCUCCACGGCAAUGUACAUCAUAUCGACAGGCAGGUGCACCUACACGCAAGAAGCAGAAUCGGGUGACUCGUCUUUCGUUCCGGUCGAAAAGCUUGGCUCGAAAAGAUCAUCUGUCGGGCUGGUAUCGGGCGCCAAGCACAGCCUUGCGCUUAUCAAAGGGCUUCGAAUGCUCAGAGACGGCGAGCAGCUGUCGACAGGCUCAAGCAUCAGCGAGCAUACGCUGUGGGUAGAAGGAUGGACAAGGCGCGGGCUCCUCGAGGCUGUCUCGGAUGGAUGGCUUCUCGCGAUGCACCCGCAGGGCGUUAAUACUGUGAUGCUGCAGUAUCCCAACUGCCUCCUUGAAUUGAUCCUGUACUCGCGCUUCUUUCUUGAAACGCUCAACAUUCACUACAACGAGGGAAUGCCCAUUACCGAUCUCGCGCUCAAAACUCUGGACGACGAUGAAAGUGCUUCUCAUCCUCUUGCGAGGAGCAAUACGGCCGAAGGCUUGAAGCUGGCCAACCUUGUCAGCAUCACACCAGCUGAGGAGGCUCUCGCAGCAUCAUGA